AUGGAAGUUAGCUAUACAAACCCAACCACAUUGGAGACUAGUGCCAAAAAUAACACAUUAGAGGAAAACUUCGACACUGAGAAAACUACUAGCUACAAAGAAGAAAAGCAAAAAGAAGAAUUGAAAGGCGCUUGUAACUCAGAAACCAAAAGAAAAAGAGAAGAUCUAGAUAUACCAAACUUAGAAGAUAGAAAACCUAAGUAG